UAAAGUUUUCUGCAUAGUUUUUAUCACAAUUUUUAAUUUUUAUUGUAAUUUUGUACUAUACUAUCAUGUUUCUUAUAUAAAUUAUAAGAAGUAUUCAAUGGUGAAUAAUAGUAUGGAAUUUAUUAAUUGUUUUAUCUUAAACUAGAAAGUAAAAAAUAUUUCUCAAAAUGCAAGUUAUGCAAUUUCCAUUAAAAAUUCUCACGGUGGCGGGAUGCCGACCACCAAUCUCCUGGUCCUCAUUAUGCAAACGGACGGUGUAUAAUGCAUAUACAAUUUUUAUGUGUUUACUAAUGUUUACCUUCAUGUUGCCACAACUUAUGGAUAUUAUCUUGAAUGUUAAUAAUGCCGAUGACUUCACGGACACCUUUUAUGUAAUGGUAGCCAUGGUUAUCGGUUCCUAUAAGAUGAUCAGUCUAUUAUUGAACCGUAAAAAUAUCGAAAAGUUAACUGAAGCGUUGGUUGAAAAACCAUUUAGACCUUUGGAACCAGAUGAAAUUAAGAUUCGAGAAAAAUAUAAUAAUAUAGUGCGGACCAAUUCAAUAUUCUAUACAAUUAUGGUUGAGAUGACAUGCGGAUGCAUGAAUUUGACAUCUUUGUUAACGGAUUUUCGAAGGGGAGAUUUAACAUAUAGAGAAUGGAUACCCUAUGCAUGGUCCGAUACAGUGUAUUAUUUUACGUACUUUCGCCAAUUAAUAUGCUUGACGAUUGGAUCUAUUUUGAAUGUUGCUUGCGAUAUAUUAAUUUGUGGAUUGCUGCUACAUAUUUAUUGUCAGAUCGAGAUUUUAGAGUGUCGUCUGAAGAAAUCCUUGCGCAAUCAAAACGACUUGGGAGAAUGUGUACGUCUGCACGAUCAUAUCUAUAAAUACGCACGCACGAUGAAUAAAAAUUUCAGGUAUACAAUUGCCGUUCAAUUCACAGGAAGUAUGUUAGUGGUAUGCUCCAAUCUUUAUCGACUAGCAAAAACUUCAUUGAGUGCGAAAUAUAUUCCUUUGAUGUCGUACACAAUUUGCAUGUGUAUACAAAUUCUUAUCUAUUGUUGGCAUGGGAACGAAGUAAAAUUAAAGAGUAUUCAAUUUUGUGAUGAAAUAUUUGCGAUGGAUUGGGUAAUAGCAGACAAGAAAGCAAGAAAGAAUCUUAUACUAAUUAUGAAUCGCUCUCUGAUUCCUAUUGAAUUUUCUAGUGCACAUAUUGUUACAGUAAAUCUAGAUUCUUUCGUAAAGUUACUUAAAAUGUCAUAUUCAAUAUAUAAUAUACUUAAACAAACAAGGGAAGAAUAGUGAUAAUGAUAAUGGUAAAAGAAGAAGAACAAAUGGCAUUUCAAAUUUGGACAGUUAAUGGCAUGUCAAGCUAUUGAACAACAGGUGUGAAAGUACCUGCGAUGGUAAUUUUAAUAUAAUUGUAUAUCGCAUAUAUUACGUAUAUAAAUAAAAAAAUUAUUAUUUAUUUGUAUAUUUUAUACGUUAACCCUCUUUUCUCAUAUUUUUCAAAUAAAAGUCAAAGACUGCGUAUGUACUUAAUACAGUUAAAUUUUAUUAGCAUUAAAAAAAAAUAACAUGCAUAUAUAAAAAAUUGCAUUUUCUAAACACAUUUAAAUGAUGACAAUUUUACCUUCACCAAAAUUACACAAAACAUUAAUGGCAGUCUAUAAAUAUGUACCGAAGAUUUUGCAUCAUAUCUCAAUAUUUUGAUUUUUUGCAUGAAAUCAAUGUCGACAUGUAUACUGUGCUAUUGUUGCGCCAAAUUAUAUUCGAAGAAAUUCCUGCCGGUAACUCUAUUAAAAUAAAAAUAUCCGUUAAUGUAACAUUACUAAUUUAAAUUAUAACACUUAUAAAAUUAUUUUGAUCAUUGUUUUGAAUAUUAUUAAUCCUCCCAGGGGGAAAUGGCAAGUCGGAUCGACAUUGAUCAGACGUCGAUGGUGUCUACAGCUUUCCCAGGUAGAAAUAGUAAAUCAGAUCGACGUCGAUUAGACGUCGAUCAAGAGGCACGGUAGUGCCUCGCGCCAAGUGUACGCGCAGCGAGGCACCACCGCUGCUUCUUUUACGCGAGACGCCGUUUGCGAUUUUCUGUAAUUAUCGGAUUUUCAAUAAUACCAUUUACGUGGCUCCAUGAAAUAGAGAUAGAGGGUGUAUCGAUAUAUGUGGUGCAACUAUAUAUGUUUCUGCAUAAUGGGCCGAAGAGAAAUAGGGAGGGUAAUAUAACCACUACAAAAAUAAAUUUAGAAAAUUGGUUUUGUUUAAAAAGGUCACAGUA